UCCCAAACAGAACAAGAAAAUCAAAUCUCGGAGAGAGAGAGAGAGAAAUAUUUUGAGAGAGAAAUACAGAAAAUCUCUCUUCCUUCUUUCCUUUUUUUUUCAAUCCCCAUUCAUAUUCUUUUUUUAGAAUAAUCUAUGGCGGCAUCUGUCGAAAACAGGCAGUUCAGUCACCUAGAAGCCGGUUUAUCCCGGUCUUUCAAGCCCCGGUCUGAUUCCCCGGUUCGUGGCUGCAACUUCCCUUCGCCCAACAGUACUAAUUUCCAAAAGAAACCAAAUUCCACCAUUUACCUUGAUUACUCGUCGAGUGAAGACGACGAUGAUGAUGACGAAAAAAAUGAGUACCUUCAAAUGAUUAAAAAAGGGAAUUCAGAGUUAGAGCCAUCUGUUCAUGACACUAGGGACGAAGGUACCGCUGAUAAUUGGAUUGAACGCAACUUUUCCAUGAUUCGUCUCACCGGAAAGCAUCCAUUUAACUCCGAACCACCGUUGAACCGGCUCAUGCACCACGGCUUUAUCACACCGGUCCCACUUCAUUACGUUCGUAACCAUGGACCGGUUCCCAAGGGCACGUGGGAUGACUGGACCGUGGAAGUCACGGGACUAGUGAAGCGUCCUAUGAAAUUCACAAUGGACCAGUUGGUUAACGAAUUCCCUUGUAGAGAAUUGCCCGUUACGCUUGUUUGUGCUGGCAAUCGAAGGAAAGAACAGAACAUGGUUAAACAAACCAUUGGUUUCAACUGGGGCGCCGCUGCCGUUUCAACAACGAUAUGGCGCGGGGUACCCCUCCGCGCUUUGCUAAAACGGUGCGGUGUUUUUAGCAAGAAUAAAGGGGCGCUUAAUGUUUGCUUCGAAGGAGCUGAUGUGUUGCCCGGAGGUGGUGGUUCAAAGUAUGGAACCAGCAUUAAGAAGGAAUUUGCAAUGGAUCCAGCACGAGAUAUCAUCGUAGCCUACAUGCAGAACGGAGAAAAAUUGGCACCCGACCACGGGUUUCCAGUACGAAUGAUAAUUCCAGGAUUCAUUGGAGGAAGAAUGGUGAAAUGGAUAAAGAGGAUUAUAGUCACCACCCAAGAAUCAGACAGCUAUUAUCAUUUCAAGGACAAUAGAGUUCUUCCUCCCCAUGUUGAUGCUGAACUUGCAAAUACCGAAGCAUGGUGGUACAAGCCAGAGUAUAUCAUCAAUGAGCUUAAUAUUAACUCUGUCAUUACGACGCCGUGUCAUGAAGAAAUUUUGCCAAUUAACGCCUGGACGACUCAGCGACCUUACACGUUGAGGGGCUAUUCUUAUUCUGGCGGAGGGAAAAAAGUAACGCGAGUAGAAGUGACGUUGGAUGGAGGAGAAACAUGGCAAGUUAGCACACUAGAUCACCCAGAGAAGCCCACCAAAUAUGGCAAGUACUGGUGUUGGUGCUUUUGGUCACUCGAGGUUGAGGUGUUAGACUUGCUCAGUGCUAAAGAAAUUGCUGUUCGAGCUUGGGAUGAGACCCUCAAUACUCAACCCGAGAAGCUUAUUUGGAACGUCAUGGGAAUGAUGAAUAAUUGCUGGUUCCGAGUAAAGAUGAAUGUGUGCAAGCCUCACAAGGGAGAGAUUGGAAUAGUGUUUGAGCAUCCGACUCAACCUGGAAACCAAUCAGGUGGAUGGAUGGCGAAGGAGAGACAUUUGGAGAUAUCAGCAGAGGCACCUCAAACACUAAAGAAGAGUAUCUCAACUCCAUUCAUGAACACAGCUUCCAAGAUGUACUCCAUGUCCGAGGUCAGGAAACACAGCUCUGCUGACUCUGCUUGGAUCAUAGUCCAUGGUCAUAUCUAUGACGCCACGCGUUUCUUGAAAGAUCACCCUGGUGGGACUGACAGCAUUCUCAUCAAUGCUGGCACUGAUUGCACUGAGGAAUUUGAUGCAAUUCAUUCUGAUAAGGCUAAGAAGCUCUUGGAGGAUUUCAGGAUUGGUGAACUCAUAACUACUGGUUACACCUCUGACUCUCCUGGCAACUCCGUGCACGGAUCUUCUUCCUUCAGCAGCUUUCUAGCACCUAUUAAGGAACUUGUUCCAGCGCAGAGGAGUGUGGCCCUAAUUCCAAGAGAGAAAAUCCCAUGCAAACUCAUCGACAAGCAAUCCAUCUCCCAUGAUGUUAGGAAAUUUCGAUUUGCAUUGCCCUCUGAGGAUCAAGUCUUGGGCUUGCCUGUUGGAAAACAUAUCUUCCUCUGUGCCGUUAUUGACGAUAAGCUCUGCAUGCGCGCUUACACGCCUACUAGCACGAUCGAUGAGGUGGGGUACUUCGAGUUGGUUGUCAAGAUAUACUUCAAAGGAAUUCACCCUAAAUUCCCCAAUGGAGGGCAAAUGUCACAGUAUCUUGAUUCUAUGCCGUUAGGGUCAUUUCUCGACGUGAAAGGUCCAUUAGGUCACAUUGAAUACCAAGGAAAGGGAAAUUUCUUAGUUCAUGGCAAACAGAAGUUUGCCAAGAAGUUGGCCAUGAUAGCAGGUGGAACAGGAAUAACUCCAGUGUAUCAAGUCAUGCAGGCAAUUCUGAAAGAUCCAGAAGAUGACACAGAAAUGUAUGUGGUGUAUGCUAACAGAACAGAGGAUGAUAUUUUACUUAAGGAAGAGCUUGAUUCAUGGGCUGAGAAAAUUCCAGAGAGGGUUAAAGUUUGGUAUGUGGUUCAGGAUUCUAUUAAAGAAGGAUGGAAGUACAGCAUUGGUUUUAUUACAGAAGCCAUUUUGAGAGAACAUAUCCCUGAGCCAUCUCACACAACACUGGCUUUGGCUUGUGGACCACCUCCUAUGAUUCAAUUUGCUGUUAAUCCAAACUUGGAGAAGAUGGGCUAUGACAUUAAGGAUUCCUUAUUGGUGUUCUAAUUUUAAAAACAAAACAAUAUCUGCAGGAAUAAAUUUUUUGUUUCCCCCUAUCAGUUGUACAUAUUGUAUUUGGUUUAUCACCCCCAUGUACUACGUAGUGUUUGUAGUUCUUACAUUUUUAUUUUUUAGAAUUUUUUUAAACCUUAGGAUAUAAAGGUUUUCUCUUCCAACAAAGUGAUUCUUUAGGGAAGAAAUGUACUGUACUGUACUAGUAUGUCUAAGCCGAAAGGUUGUAAUGUUUACCAUGACAAAUUGUAUUCAAUUCCUCAUGGAAUAGUAACAUUGUGUUCAUGUGUCUUCCUGUAA